UUGAUGGUGACCCUGUCCCUCGGCUACAUCAGCUGUUACCUGUACAGAUUUAUACUAGUGUGGGAGUCUUUGGAAAACAUGCGCAGUACCUACUUUGAACAAUUUGUAGACGUGUCCUUCCUUGCUGUGUUUGAUGAGAUACUUCGAGCUCAAGUUGGAGUUGUUUUGUUUCUUGUGUUUAUCAAAUCACUGAGGUUGCUAAGAUACAACAAACUGUUUGCUUUAUUUGGGAAUAUCUACAGACGAGCACAUAAAGAGAUCAUUAUAUUCACUGCGUUGUUUGUGGGAUUGUUCUUUGCUUUCUCCAGUCUUGGACUUCUCUUGUUUGGUGCUUUCUGCUGGUCAUUCCACGACUUCUGGACAACGCUGUUUACUUUGAUGUCGCUGAUGACCGGACAUUAUCAACAUCCCAGCUCAGAGCACAUGACGUCUUACUUCCUGCGUAUCUUCGUCUUGUGUUUUUGUGUGUUCUUUACAGGAUUUCUCACCUCUUACGUAAUAGCCUUCCUGUCCUUGAGAUUCAGAGUUUACCGUAGAAAACAGGGGGACAUUCUUGCAAUGAAUGGACGGGAUGCGCUGUUAUUUUACUGGAAACAGUUCCUGAUGUGGACUGGUAUCCAGUAUGAACCCCCAGUACAUGAGCCAGAAAAUGUCCUGCCAGCUGAGUUCAUCAUGGUAGAGAUUGAAUACCAAGUGGAUGAGUUAUAUUUCCGAAUAAAUGCUCUGUCAGGAUUGCAUAGUCUUCCGGAGAAACCUACAGGAUACCUGACGGACUCGGAUGGAACUUAUGGAGUUGGGGAUGAUGGCAUAUCUAGUGGGGGCUCGGAGAUUCAGCAGGGAGAAGAGGAACGCCUUGACCAGCGUGUACAGCAGAUUGAGGAUUACCUGUACUCACAAGAACCCUAUCUAGCCCAGCUUCUCAAGACCGACAAUACUGACGUUGACCUGCUGUCUCAGGAAAAGGAGAAACAGCUUAAGUCACACCUAGAAAUGGAGAUUUUCCGCCAGCUACAGAUCCAGAGAGGAGACCCCGACCAAGCGACCUGUUCAGUAGCCAAGGCCAGCAGUUUUCAAGCUAAAAAGGUGGAAAUGGACAGCAUCAAAGGUUUGUCUAAAGACAGUAGUACUGAUGACCAGAAAAAAAGUUUGUAUUCCUAUGUCCCUUUAGAGGAAUCCAAUUCUAAUGAAAGCUGUGACCUUGACACUCAAACCAGCUCAUCCUCCAACCCAGAGUCACCAAAGGAACAUGAGAAAAAUGGCACUAAGGCAGCUGUUGAGAAACAAGUGCGAGUGUCAGUAUGUCAGACUGAUAAAUCAGGAUCCCAGUCAUCAGACUCGGAUAAAGGCUUGUUUACAAAGGGUCUUAAAGGAGAGGUGAAACAGAAAAAGCCUGAACCUCCUCCGAAGCCAACAUUUAUCAAUCAUAGUCUACGUGAUGCUGUAUCCCAUGAUGCAUCUCGGCCAGGAUUAAUCGGAAGUCCUGCUCUCCGGCAGUUACGAUCAAGUCUCAACACAAUAGAAAGGCUCUCAUUUAAGGGAGACAACAGUGGAAGCAGUUUUACCACAGAGUCAAGUUCUGGGUCGGAGCAAGACGCAAUCCAUGGCAUGCAGAGACCUCUGGGAAAACAGCGUAAUUUACGGAAGACAAAAUCACGAGGCAAAGGGAAAGGUUCUGUAAAUUUGACGGGAAGUCUUCUGGAUGAGCUGGAUACAGAAGACCAAGAAGAACUAGAACAGUACGAGUUUGAAAUUCAAAACACAGAGGAUCAAAUAGAACAAGAGAAUGCCAAUGACCAAUCAGGCUCAGCCAAUAAAACACCUUGUGACAAACAAUCAAAUGACAAGGAACCAAUCACAAAGCAGGAGACAAGUGAAAACAAAGAGGAAACAGCAAGAUGUUCAGUGAAAGACUCUGUCAAAGCUUUUGAAAAACGUGCAGGGAACAAUUGAUUAUCAUGGACAGAAAUGAUAUCAAACAUUAAAAUAAAGUGUAUCAUCUUUUAAACAUAUCAUAAAAGUUUACAUCAAUUAUCAUUCAUUAAAUAUUUUUUGGUGAGUUGUACUUUUUUUCAGAAUUUUCCCUAAGAUAACAUCCGGAAUGAUAUCACAAGGUAUAUUAAGUCUAAUGAUAUCACAAGGUAUAUUAAGUCUAAUGAUAUCACAAGGUAUAUUAAGUCUAAUGAUAUCACAAGGUAUAUUAAGUCUAAUGAUAUCACAAGGUAUAUUAAGUCUAAUGAUAUCACAAGGUAUAUUAAGUCUAAUGAUAUCACAAGGUAAAUUGAGUCACAUGGUAACUUAUGUCAUGAGAGACAUAUGCUUGUGUGAUUAAUGUCAUCAGAAUCUCGAAAACCUAAACAAAUAAAACAGUUGUUAUACAAACCUUGAAUUUAUUUAAUUUGAAGAUCUAAAUUAGUGCCAACUCAUGUAGUUCAUUUAUGACAGUGCUUUUGAUAAAAAAUGUACUUAAUAUUCCCUCUUCUUUAAAUAGUGUUGUUGUCUGUCCAAUGUUAGAUUUGUAUACACAGGCUUUCAUAUUCAUUUAUGGUGUAAUAUAUGCAUUGCAUAGCAAUACAUGUUUAGUCAUUUUCCAUUACUUAGUUUAGGUAUAUUUAUAUGAUCAUUAUAUUAUCUUAAAAAUUGUCUUAUUUUGCUGUGUCAUAAAAUGAUAAUAAAUGGAAGAGUUUAGAAAUAAACUUUGAUAUCAAAUUGGAGACAUUGGAUUAGAGCUAAUCUGGUAUUACAAAAAGGUAUUAAGAGCAAGCUGAAAGGUUAAUAGAUAUAUUUUUAUUUUAUUUGAGGGGGAGGAGGGCGUUUUGGGACUUUUUUUCAAUGUAUUAAUUGAUGUUAAUAAAUUGAUCAGGGAAUAAAAUAGUUCUAAAACCAUUCUAAAGAUACGUGUAUUUGUCAUAACGAAAUCAUUAACAUUAUUUCUUUAACAUUCUUAUCAGUUCUAUACACAUCAUGUUCAUUAUUAGUUCUGUACACAUCAUGUUCAUUAUUAGUUCUGUACACAUCAUGUUCAUUAUUAGUUCUGUACACAUCAUGUUCAUUGUCAGAUCAUUUAAAGUCCUAUUUUCAUCCAUAAUUCUCUCUAUCUUGUACGUGGUCAUCAAAUGACAGAACAUUUGUGUACAUGUUUUACAUUGGUGCUCAUACUGAUUAUACAUUACAUAGAGCAAUAAAUUUUAUAAGAAA